AAUGCUGUUCGGGUUAGCUCUUUUUUAUAUAAUAAAAUCGGUACCUCCUUGGGCUUCUGUAGCGACACCUCCACCUCUCCCUGGUGUUCCUCUCUGCUUAAUCCAUAAUGGGACAGCUGUUCACGAAGCUAAUGAGUAUUUUCGGUAAUCAGGAGCAUAAAGUGAUCAUAGUGGGACUAGACAAUGCUGGGAAGACCACCAUUCUUUAUCAAUUCUUAAUGAAUGAAGUGGUGCACACAGCCCCCACCAUUGGCAGUAAUGUGGAGCAGAUUGUGCUGAGAAAUACACACUUCCUGAUGUGGGAUAUCGGGGGACAGGAGACCCUCAGAGCUACGUGGAACUCUUACUACUCUAACACAGAGUUUGUCAUCCUGGUGAUUGACAGCACAGACAGGGAACGAUUACCAGAGACUAAAGAAGAGUUGUACAAGAUGCUGUCUCAUGAGGAUCUCAGAGAUGCAGCAGUGUUGAUCUUUGCCAACAAACAAGAUGUGAAGGAUUCAAUGUCUGCCUCAGAAAUCUCCUCUUCAUUAGCACUUGGUGCCAUACGAGACAGAGCCUGGCACAUCCAGGGAUGCUGUGCCCUGACUGGUGAGGGAUUACCAGCUGGACUUGACUGGCUGAAGUCUCGCGUCACUGCAAUUUGACUGUUACAGUGGAUAUUCAGAACUUAUUUUACAUAUAAUGGACAUUUCGUUUUAAUGACAAUUUUACCUUUUGUAAACUGGACUUUUUUUAUACGGUUGGCUUAUUUUUUUUAUGUCCUUUUUUUACAGCCACUAGACUAUCUAUCUAUUGUGGUUGUCAUAUUAACUAGUGAAAAGAAUACCUGUCAACUUGCAGGAAUUGAGGAUCCAUACACAUUUUUCAUGAACAGCUGAUUCUGCAUUUUUAAAAAAAAAAAAAAAAGAAAGUGACCUCUCCAGCCUGACAGAAUGAAAUUUCUUGGUAAUGAGUGGCAUCUGUACAUAAAAUUGUACGCUCAAACUCUGCUGUUCUCUUCUACCCUUUUAAUAUCCGGACCUGUGGUACUUUCUCUUUCUGAAUUUUCUGGGUCCUGUCCACUUCACAUCUUUGAUCACCUUAGUAUUUUAUGGGAACCAAACACUUUACUAGUGAAGAUCAUUAACUACCUCAUCCUAAAAUCCUUUUUUUCUCACCAAGCAUCUGUUUCUGAAACACUUGGUCACUAUAUGAAACGCAUGCACAUACCAAGGAGGAGAGAAGAAUUAUGGCAGAUCUAAAUUAAGUCGGCCACAUUUUAUACCUGUUGUGAUAGAGCCAAGGACAGUGAUAUAUUUGUUUUAAAAUGUAUUGUGUCAAAUGGAAACUCACCUGUGUUCAAUUUUUUUGUAUAUAAGCGGAACUCACUCAAAGCUAUUUAUUUUUUUCUACAUUUGUGCCUUUUUGUUGUCUGUAUCAAAAAAACCUCAUCAGCAUUAUUCUGGGUCAAUAAUGGACAUAAUUCAUUAAUAUGUUCACCCUUGUUAUGGGGUAUCCAGCAGCAAACUCCUAAAAUACACCCAAGAAGGAAUAAUCUAUCUGUAUUCAACAUGGAAACAUUUUUUUGGUGCUAUUAACUCCAAUUAAUUGGAGGGGGGGGGUUAGAUUAUGUUUUCUAUGUAGUGUGCAAAAGGUCUGCACACAGGAGCUGCGUGGGAUUUUGAAAUAAAAAAAUGAAAUAAUAA